CGCCAUACACCCAGCGACCAGCACAACGCCGUCAAGAUGCGCUACAUCUUCUCCCAGGAGACGCUGGACAUUCCAGAGGGCGUCAAGGUCAACAUCAAGACCCGCCAGGUCACCGUCGAGGGACCACGAGGCAAGCUCACCAAGGACUUGGGCCAUCUCGCAGUCUCCUUCUCCCAGCCAUCCAAGGGCCGCAUCAACAUCGAGCUCCACCACGGCUCGCGCAAGAAUGUCGCUACGCUCCGUACCGUCCGCACUCUCAUCAACAACUUGAUCAUCGGUGUCACCAAGGGCUACAAGUACAAGAUGCGUUACGUCUACGCACAUUUCCCAAUCAACGUCAACUUGGAAAAAAACAAGGAGACUGGUCUGUGGAAUGUCGAGAUCCGAAACUUCUUGGGCGAGAAGCUUGUGCGCAACGUUACCAUGCAGCCAGGUGUCGAAGUCGAAGCCUCCAAGAACGUCAAGGACGAGCUGCUGCUCAGCGGAAACUCGCUCGAAGCCGUCUCACAAUCCGCCGCCGACAUCCAGCAGACCUGCCGUGUACGAAACAAGGAUAUCCGUAAGUUCUUGGACGGUAUCUACGUCUCUGAGCGCACCAACAUCUCGGAGUAAGCUUCGGGAAAUGGGGGAAAAGGUUGGCUGGCGCCUGGCGCAUGCAAAAUGGGAUCAUGCAUGAAAGGACAUUAUGACGGCCUGCUCAGGGCUAGUGGCAGGUAGCCGUACUGAAUGGAACGAAUCAAGCACCC